GUUUGUUACUUCAUACUUGACAUUAAUAACCUUUCACCAUAAAAGAUAAUUCGUAAAAUGUAAUUGAAAUUGAUAAUCGUUAAUUUAAAAAUGUUUUCAGUUGACUUUCGCGAGUAUUUUUUCAAAGAACAAAAUUAAUUGACACUUUGAGAAUAUGAAUACUAAGAAAAGACUACUGUUAUUUAUGGUCUGACCACAAUAUGAAUCCUGUCAGAUAUAUUCUGUGACCAAGGACAUAAUUAUUUUUCAUUAUAAUGGGAAAUGAAAAUAGCCAGCCCUCUGGCUUGAUCAUUGAAGAGAAAGCAAUCACCAGUGAUAACUUUUGGACUAUUCACUCUGCAACUUAUGGUUCUGACCUAGUCAAAAGGGUAACUGUGUUUCAAGGAAUUUUAUGUCACAAAAAUAAGCAAAGUGCAUUGGAAAAGUUUGCAAAGAAUCUUAUGAUCCAUAGACACCCAAAUAUUUUAAAAUAUAUUGGUUCUUGGCGAGUUAAUGAUCAGUUUCACUUGGCUACAGAAGAAGUUUUUACCUUACAACAGGCCUUACCACAGCAAACCCCUUUACAAAUAUGUAUCGGUAUCCACAGUAUAUUAAAUGCAAUUCAGUUUUUGCAUGAAAAGGCUUUGUCCUCUCACAACAAUAUUUGCCAAGCUUCAGUUUUUAUUACUCCUGAAGGGCAUUGGAAACUUGGUGGAACGGAAUAUUUGUGUCGUUUCAGUGACUUAAGUGCAAGAUUCCUGGCGGAUUCAAGAGAAGGGAGAUAUGAAAGAGGAAUAUUACCUGGUGAAGAAAAUAGAGUACCCCAACCUCCAUCUGCUAUUGAUAUCUAUGCAUUUUGUGUUCUCAUUACUGAAAUAUUUGGAAAGCAAGUCGAAGAUGAUGUACCUGGUAUGCAAGACUUCAUCAACAUUUGUAAAGAAUACAUGAAUUCACCAGAUUCUUAUGGACAUCUUUCAUUGGAUUCAUUUCUCAAUCAUAGUUUUUUUAAUCACGACUUUAUAUCUAUCCAUAGUUUUUUAACUGAACUGCCAUUGAAAUCUGAAAGUGAAAAACAAAUGUUCUUUAGGGAUUUAUGCCCAAAAUUAAAUGGGUUUAAUGAAAAUAUUGUUGCCAACCAACUGGGUUCUUUGUUAUUAUCUAGAAUAGUCCUGCUCGAUAGUACUGCUCAACAAUGUCUAUUACCUCAUGUCCUCGUUCCUAGAGUAGGUGAUAAGAAAGACUGCUUGUUUUCUGAGAAAACAUUCCAAAAAUAUAUUGCUCCAAAAUUGUUAUCGAUGUUUUAUGUCCGUGAUAUACAAGUGAGACUUACACUGUUAAUGUAUUUUAGUGCAUAUUGUUCAAUGUUCAAUACAGCGGAACUACAUUCUAAUAUAUUGCCAGAACUGUUAGUGGGUGUAAAAGAUACCAACAAUGAACUUGUAGCUGCAACUUUGAAAGCAUUGGCAGACUUAGUACCUAUAUUGGGAGCUGCGAAGGUUAUUGGAGGAAAGAGGGCUAAAAAUUUUGCUGAUGGGCGACCAAAAAUGGUUCGCCAAGUUAAAGGGAUAAUUAAAAAACCUUCCAAAAGUCCACCGAAAAAUACUGAAGUUUAUCCAGAAGAAAAAGAAAUUUUCCUUACUGAAAGGCCCUCUCCUGAUGGAGGAGAGGCACAGUCUGAGUUUAUUGCAUCAGAAGAUGAGGUAGAGCAAUGGGAUGCUUGGGAUUCCUUAACACCACAGGUUUCUCCGAGUGAAAACGUGGAGGAAUUAGAGAAUGAUAUCGUAGAAGAGAAACCACUUAUCACACUCAAUCCUGAACCACUUGCCUCAAAAGUGGUAGUUCCUCCUCCGGAUAGUUUAGAUGUUUAUGAAGUAAAGGCUCAAAUUGUUAGAAAGUCAUCUAUUGAUGAUGUCGAUUUCUUUAGAGAUAUGGAACCAGUGAUAUCUAAAACUAGUAUUUUAGAAAUAGCUCCUAAAAAUCAUGAAAGUUCUACUUCUAAUGAAGAGAAAAGCAAAUUUGCGAUUAACAGUUCAGAAACAGAACCUGAAGGGUGGGGAGAAGAAUUGGAAUGGGCUGAUGUUAUUGACAGUUAAAAUAUGAACAAUAUUCCACAACUUUCGUUGAGCAGAUGUCUUAUGUCAGUUUAUUUUUAUUGUCUACCUUUUAGGUGUAAACAAAAUGUACAUUAAUAUUUUUAUUUAAAUAAUAUAAAUAUUAGUUCGAAGUUAUGUUUGUAUAUUUGUUUCAUAAUUGAAAAUAAAUGCAUCACAUAUGUAUUAUAA